AUGGAGACGUCAAUCCCUGCGACGAAGUGGAAAAAGAUUUUGUACGAAGAUCAAGGAGUAAACGACAAUUAUGUCGACGAAACAUUUUUGGAAGAACUGAAGAAGAAUCUUCAUGUCCGGACAUAUGAUUACUGGACUGCAGCCCGUGAAUCUGGGACUGUCACCCAGCAAAUGUGCAGUGUCUGUAUCUUUGUGGUUGUAUUCAUCUAUAUGGAUGAACAUAAAUUGUCACCCCUGAUUUUGUACACCGUCUCUUCUAUCCUGACGCUGAUUGGAUAUAUUAUCAAGGAAAUGAUAACAAGUGACCAGGAAGAGAACAGUAACAAAAGAACUCGAUUGGAUGAUGUCAAAACAGCUGUCAUGUUUGUGGGCUUCAGUUUGAUCCUCUGUCCGGUUUUGGUUUCCUUGACACAAACAAUCAGUACGGACACUAUCUACUGCAUGAGUACGGUCAUGUUGUUGUCCAACUUGCUGUUCCACGACUAUGGACCCCACACAGCUGUGGUAUCCAGUCCUUUGUCUUUGAAUGCUGCCAUUUUUGCUGCUGUGUGUCUUGCUUCCAGACUGCAGAGUCCACUUCACGCUUUCUCCAUCGUGACUUUUGCCCUUGAUAUAUUUGCUCUAUGGCCUGGGCUUCGCAUUGAAUUGAAGAAAAAAGGCCCCAUCUAUCAGAACAUGAUGAGUCUAAUUGUCGGUGUGAUAGCCAGUGGUGCUCUACUGUCAGUAUCUGUCAUCGGCGCUGCUAUCUUCAUCUGCAUUCAUUUGUUCAUCAAUUUUGUCUGCCCUGCAUGGCUUUGCCGACUGCAGCCUUACAAAGAUAAUAUCUAUGGACCUUGGGACGAAGCUGUCAUCAGAGACCUUGCAAUGCCUGUCACAUGA